UGUGUCUCGUCGGCCGGCUCGUGCGAUACCACGCGCGAACGCUCUCUUUUUCUCUCCCCCUCUCUCGCUCUCUCUCUCUCUCUCUCUCUUUCUUUCUCUCUCUCUCUCUCUCUCUCUCUCUCUUUCUCUCUCCCUCUCGUUCGCUCGCACGCUCGCUUCUCAUUUCGUUUUUCGUCGUCGUCGAACCAACGAGAAAUUUUUUUUCUCCCGACCCGAUCGCGAAAGGAAUACACAUUGAUAAAAUAUUCGAUUAUUAAGGGCGUCGUAUUAUUAAAAUUUAUAAGAGGAGAGAGGGAUUGAUAAAAAAGGAAAAGCGGGAAAAAAGAAGAAGAAAAAGAUAAAGAUAAAGAUAAAGAAAAAGAAAAAAGAGCAGGAGGAGGAGGAAAAGGAGAAGAAGGAGAAGAAGAAGAAGAGAGGAGAGGAAGCGGAGAGUGCGUAGGUAGUUUUAGGUGUAGUCCGUAGUAAUUAGUAGUAGUAGUUUGUAGUAAUCGGGGAGUACGCGGGGCGGUAGGGCGGUUGGGCGCGCGCGCGCGCGCGCAACCCCCGAAAGAAAGGAAAAGUUCGCGCGCCAACGCAUACGUCGUCAUCAAAGUUACCCUCGUGCUCGUCGUCUUCGCUUGCGGACUCGUCGUCGUCGUCGUCGUCGUCUACGUCGUUCGUUUACGUCGUCGUCAUCUACGUCGUCGUCGUCGCCUACGUUGUUGUUGUUGUUGUUUUGUUGUUACUGUCUGAAAAUAAAGGAAAAUAAAAAAUAGAAGAAAGAAAGAAAGAAAGAAAGAAAGGAAAGAAAGAAGGAAGGAUAUAAAGAAAUAUAAGCUGCAAGAAAGAGAAGAAAACGUAAACGGCGGUGGUGGUUAAAAGCGAUCAAACAAGGGAGGUUAAACGCGCGCGUACUCGUAUAUAGUCGUGUGAACGAGGAGGAAGAAGUGUUGGAGGGGAUUGGUGGACGUGUUGGUAAAGAAGGAGAAAGAGUAAGGAGGAAGAAGACGAAGAAGAAGAAGGAAGAGGAAGAGGAGUAGGAGGAGGAAGAGUAGGGGUGAACGGACGAAGUGUAGUUGCCGCAGGUCAGGGAAGAAAAUUUCGUCGGACGAUAAAAGAUCUUACGAAGAAACGAAGGAAAGAGGAAAAGUAGGAAAUAGUGUAGGAGCUAAGAGGGAGGGUAGAAGUGGUGAAGGUGUUGGAAAAGGGAUUAAAGGGUGGUCAGAAAAAAAAAAAAGAAAAGAAAAGAAAAGGACGAAAAGAAGAAGAAGGAGAAGAGGAAGGUGAAGAGGAAGGAGGAAGAGAAGAAAGACGAGAAGGAGAAAGAGAUACGGAGAAGGGGAAUGCUUGGCAAGAAAAAUAGUUUAGCCGAUGGACGAGCUUCGCAGUAGUCGUCGUCGUCGUCGUGGCUGCACGCUACCGUCUCGUUACGGAGGGACGCUGAGAAAAUGGAGAGAAAGGCGUGAUCGGUGUUAACGUUAAGAGAGAGAGAGAGAGAGACAAAGAGAGAGAGAGAGAGAGAGGGAGGGAGGGAGAGAGAGAGACAGAGACAGAGAGAGAGAGAGAGAGAGAGAGAGAGAGAGAGAGAGAGAAAAUGAACGCAAACGGUAACGUUGGCUCUCAGGAGGGCGGCAAUGGUAACGAUUAUGGUGUUAGCAACGAAGAAACCGCCGCCCUUCUGAGUAGGGCACCACCGCCGCCGGUGGUGGUUGCCGCGGCGUCUCAGGGCAAGCCAGUGCUAACGCGACAGAAUAGGGCAACUUUUUUGGUUGCCUCGCCGCAACUGUCAGUGUCUGGACUUGGCGGCUCCGAGGAGAGCGGCACCACCGAAGAUCCGGCAACAAGAUCUGUACCCGACAUCGAAUUACAUUGUCGAUUGGACGGUGAAUUUCAACAACAAUCUCAGCAACAGCUGCAACAACAACAACAACAACAACAGCAACAACAGCAACAGCAGCAACAACAGCAGCAGCAGCAACAGCAGCAACAACAACAAUUGCAACAACAGAUCGUACCACCUACGAUUUAUCGAUCCAGACAGGUGUCUCAUCAGUAUAAUCGUUGCCGAUGCGAUCGAAGGGAUUCUCUUGCUCCAUCCUCUGCCCUACACUUGGCACGUAGCGUUUCAAGAGAGAGCGUAAAGAGCGGACAUCAUUGCUGUCCUUGUCAAGCACCACCACCACCGGUACUUGUAACAACCUCUCCAAGUGCACGGAUAAUACGUCAAAGUUCUCAACCAGAGGCCUGCUGUUGUUCCGGAUGUUGUUGCAACUUACAUGCCGGCAUAGCGCCGAGUGCUGCCUCUCUACGGCAAUUACGCGAGCCCGGCGACGGAAUUGCCGGCAUAGCUGCGGAUUCAUUGAGAAUCAACGGUGGAAUACGACAAUUCCGACAGUUUCCCUGGUGGUGCAAAUCGUCAUCGUCAUCGAUGGCGACAACGCCUCCCCCGCCAACGGCUAUGAUGCCCGCUUCCGGUUCCGGUUCCGGCUCCGGUACUCAGGGCGUCGUACUCUGUCCACGUACGCUGUCUCAGGUUCGACGAUCACGACUACGCAGAGCCCUCACCGAGGCUACCGCAGAGACCGUUGGCUACGUCAAGACGUUGCGGAAGCCAGUGUCGACACUCUCGAUUCCGGGUGCGAUGAAGAACAGCGGUGGAAGUGGUGGUGGUGGUGGUGGUGCUGGUGGUGCUGGUGGUGGUGGUGUUGGAGGUGUUGGAAGUGGAGUCGGUAGCAGUGGUGGAGGAGGAGGAGGAGGGGGUAUCGGAGGUGCAGGUUGCGGAAGUGCAGGAGCUGCGAACGCAGGCGAGGAUGCUGGAAUUGCAUUAGUCGGUGUUCACAGCGAGUAUCCACGUUACGUCGACGAAAGGGUAUUAGGAGGAGGUCCUAUGAAGGGACCCUCGGCUGGUAGUAUAGGACCUGGCUCCAAACAUAAACCUAACGUUGGUUAUCGUCUCGGAAGACGGAAGGCACUCUUCGAAAAACGCAAACGCAUAAGUGAUUAUGCACUCGUUAUGGGAAUGUUCGGCAUCAUUGUCAUGGUCAUCGAAAACGAACUCUCCAGCGCCGGCGUUUACGGAAAGGCCUCGUUUUACUCGACAGCACUGAAAACCUUGAUCUCCGUGUCUACUGUGAUACUGCUUGGCCUCAUAUUUGCUUACCAUGCCUUAGAAGUUCAGUUGUUCAUGAUCGAUAACUGCGCGGACGAUUGGAGGAUCGCUAUGACCUGGCAGCGGAUCUCCCAGAUUUCGGUUGAAUUGCUGAUAUGCGCGAUCCAUCCGAUACCCGGGGAAUAUUAUUUCCUAUGGACGACCAAGUUGGCGAAUAAGGGUGGCGACAUUGGCUCCAAAUGGGUGCCGUACGAUGUCACCCUCUCGCUACCGAUGUUCCUUAGACUCUACCUCAUCUGCCGGGUGAUGUUGCUACAUUCGAAGCUCUUCACCGAUGCAUCCUCGCGCAGCAUAGGAGCAUUGAAUCGCAUUAACUUCAACACACGUUUCGUCUUGAAAACCCUGAUGACUAUAUGCCCGGGUACGGUGCUAUUGGUCUUUAUGGUCUCUUUAUGGAUCAUUGCCUCAUGGACGUUGCGACAGUGCGAAAGAUUCCACGACGAGGAACAUGCGAAUCUUCUCAACGCCAUGUGGUUGAUUGCCAUCACGUUUCUCAGCGUUGGUUUCGGUGACAUCGUACCGAACACGUACUGUGGUCGAGGAAUAGCAGUUUCCACCGGAAUGAUGGGAGCAGGUUGUACGGCUUUGCUCGUCGCUGUUGUUUCCAGAAAACUGGAACUUACAAGGGCGGAGAAGCACGUUCACAACUUCAUGAUGGACACGCAGCUAACGAAAAGGUUAAAAAAUGCCGCAGCAAAUGUGUUACGAGAAACGUGGUUAAUCUAUAAGCACACACGCCUAGUGAAACGCGUUAAUCCUGGCCGUGUUCGAACGCAUCAACGAAAGUUUCUACUGGCAAUAUACGCACUGAGAAAAGUGAAAAUGGAUCAACGAAAGCUAAUGGACAAUGCCAAUACGAUAACGGACAUGGCCAAGACGCAGAACACGGUCUACGAAAUAGUCUCGGAUAUGAGCACGCGACAGGACGGGCUAGAGGAGCGGCUUGUUAGCCUGGAGGAUCGGUUGGUCGGUCUUGAAGAGAAAUUGAGCACGUUGCAGAGCCAAUUGGAGAUGCUACCGGAGGAGCUGACGCGGUGCCUAGCGCAACAUGCCGAGCGUAUGGAGCAGAGACGCAACUUCCUGCACCCGGACACGGCGGUUGCGAUGGCGUCUUCCGGCGGUGCCGGUGGUGGCGUCUCCGCCGGUAACAGCCUCGGCUUGGGCAUGUCCCAUGGCGUUUUGGCUGGCGGCAACGCCUCCGGUCAUCAUCCCUUGGCAAAUUUAGCGAACUCGCCGUCCCUCCUGCCGCAUUCGAGGAGCGUACCCAGCGGACCGAGUGCACCAAGCACCAUGUCUCUUCAUCCUUGGCCGGUGAGUCCGGUCCUACCACCUGUGUCUAGUCGUACGCCUCAUCUCGUCCCGGAGACUGGUCGACAUCAUGGCCACUCUACCGUCGUCGCUACGAUCCCGAGCAGCAGCACGCUGACGGCGGCAGCAACGGCGACAGCCGCAGCGGCAGCGGCGGCGGCGGCAGCGGCAGCGGCGGCGGCAGCGGCGACGACAACAACGAUGACGACGAUGAUGACCACAACCUCGCAAUCGACCACCAGGUUAACCUCCCAAGCCGGCAUGGGUGGACUCGGCAAUAGCCAAGGCUCGGACACAUCCGCGCACAGCUGAGUUUCGUCUCUGCAGCCGCAGCAUUCUUACUAAACGGGGAUCCUUCGAGAAUAUCUCCCUCUCUCUUUCUCUCUCUCUCUCUCUCUCUCUCUCUCUUUCUCUCCCUCCUUUUACCCUUGAUUCUCUCAAAUACUCUCAUUUCCUUAUAACAAACGGACGAUCUCAUCGUCUUAUUCCUUGAGAGAAAAAAAUCUCGAUGAAAACAUCCUCCUUCAUGACGGGUCCAAUCCUUUUACUGAUUGACGUUGCCUAUUCGCCUAAAUAAUGCAAAAGGACGGAAGUGUUUCUAUCGAUCGAUCGAUCGAUCGACCUUACGAGAGACGAGAGAGAAGUGGUGCGGUUAUCGCCUAAGCGCGAACCGAUAAAGAGAACGGGAGGAAACUCGAGGCCGGUUUCUCUUCCAAUCUGCUGCUGCUGCUGCUGCUGCUGCUGCGUGCUGCUACUCUGCCCAACUUGCGUGCCUGAAAACUUUUUUUCUUAUCGAUAUAAAUAUAUAUUCGACACAGCACGGAAAUGCUCCACCUUAUAUAUAUAUAUAUGUAUGUAUAUAUAUAUAUAUAUAUAUAUAUAUUAUAUAUAUUAUAUAUAUAUAUAUAAAUAUAUCUCUCUAAUACCUCGAGUCGCGUAUGCGCGGACGGGCACGAUAUUGCGUGUUUUAUUAGCUCGAAUUGGAUUGUGCAAAGUGUUGCGUUGAGGAAUACAAUGUUUCCUUUCGAGUUCGACUCGCGCUGGCUCGAGCAACUAACAAAUUUGUACGCAUUCGUAUUACCUUUCUAUCUUCUAAAGUAUUGAAAUAUAUAAUAUUUUUCUUGAAAUUUUAUAGUCCUUUAAACGACGAUAAUUAAGCCUACGUUCAAUGAAAAUACAUAUAUAACUAUACCAGCUGAUGCGCAAGUUUAUUAGAAGGAAGAAAAAAAAAAACAAUGAAAAAAAGAAAAAAAGAAGAAAAAAAAAGGAAAAAAAAAAGAAUAGAGAGAGACAAUUGUACGCAUAAUAAGAAUAUAAUAAAAGUAACCGA